UCUGAAUAUGAUUUUUGGGUUUCAAAUUGUUUUAUUACGUUACAAUUUUGAAAAAUUUAUGAUGAAUGCAAUUUCUUUUGAGAAAUGAAAGUUCUAAUAACAUAUUUAAUUUUGAUUGCAACAAAAUUGCUCCACCACGUUACAUAUCGUAAUAUGACAUAAUACAAUACAUUUAAAUUGCUCUUUUUCGCUACUUUAAUCACAAAUUUCUUAAAAUUUUUUGCAUUUUAAAAAAGUUAUCUUUGUUGAAUUGUGUUAUUUAUCAUAAACUAAAAGCCAUACACAUGGACAAUUCUCUCGAUUCGAGACGUCGCGAUUAAUCGUUCAUCGACUACGCAGUUUAAGAUGAAAUAUCAUGCACCUCUGGACGUGACGACCUUGGGGUAAUAGCCGUGGGUCUUUCUUCUUGCAUUUUGGCGAUAACUGGCUAAGCGAAAGGAAACGUUUCGGUAUAAAUUGCUGAUGCAAGGACUCGGCCUGUGUUCCGGUCGUUUCGACAACCUGUUUGAGCAAGACAAAGAACGUAAACUAACUGGUUUUGGGAGUUCGAGCCGGUUUUUUCGAAGGAUUUUAUACCAGCUAAGAGAAGCCUAUAUUAUCAAGCCUAUAUUAGAGACCCAAAUGAAGAAUGUAUAUAUACCUAUAUACAUGAAGCAACUGAAAGUGUACACAGAAACAAACGAGAAGUAUCCAUUUGCAGUUAUGAAAUAUUAUUUAAUCGCAUCGCACAUUCUUCGUGCUGCUCUCGUAGUAGCAACGACUUUUCGCUCUGUUUAACCGUGAAAACGCAAAAUAACGAUUUUAAAAAAUCUGAGAAAAGCGACGAUUAACGUGAAAUCAGAAAGAACAUUAUCUGACACAAUGGAUCGUGGUAUAUUGCGACAAAUAUUGAUUGGAUUCGUAUGCAGUAUUUUGAUCAUCGAUUGCGGCCUCCACGAAGGAUGGAGCACGCCGACCAUACCGAAAUUCAAUGACGAAGAUCCUCUAAAGGUGACGACUGAUGAGAUUGCUUGGAUCGUGAAUCUCAUGUAUGUGGGGGUCGGUAUCGGUUCGUUGGUACCUUUUAUACUGAUGGACAACAUCGGACGUAAAGGAACUUUGCUAUUCACCACGAUACCGAAGAUUAUCUCCUGGAUCUUCAUCGGGCUGUCCACUUCUGUGCCGUUUAUAUAUGUUGGACGAAUACUCGCGGGCGUAGGAUGCGGUAUAACUUAUGCCGUGAUGCCAAUGUAUCUCGGCGAGAUCAGCAGCAAACGGACCAGAGGUCCUUUAGGUACUUUAAUGGCGGUUCUAAUUAACAUUGGGGUGCUGUUCAUUUACGCUAUCGGCCUGUGGGUCAGCAGAUUCGCGAUGGCGAUGAUAAGCGUAUGCGCGCCAGUGCUAUUUUUGCUGACCUUCAUAUGGCUACCCGAGAGCUCGGUGUUCCUCACGCGUAAGAACAAACUCGAUCCCGCGGAGAAAACCCUUAAAUGGGCCUUGGGUAAAGAGAACGUGGACGAGGAGCUCGAAGAAGUGAAACGUAUCGUGGAAACCGAGGACAAGUGCAGCAAGAUGACUCUCAAGGAUAUGUUCAGAGAGAUCUUCACCAAGACGCAUAAUAGAAAAGCCUUUCGUAUCGCUAUGAUACUACUGAGCGGCUUGACAUUGACAGGAGCGGCUCCAAUACUCGCUUAUCAAUCGUACAUCUACAAGGAGGCCGGCUUCGAGAUCUCGACCAACACCAGCAUUAUCCUCACGGGUAUCGCCAUCGUUCUAUCUGGCGGCGCCUGCGUGACAGUGGUGCGUUUCACAGGCAAGAGAUUGCUGUUGCUUUUCGCCGCGCCGAUCUGCAUGGUAUCGCUGGCCAUGAUAGCUAUUUUCUUCGAGCUGCAGUCCAGCGGCUACGAUGUUUCUCGGUUCAAGUGGGUGCCUACGGUCUUCGUGGUGAUUUACGUGCUCGGUUUUGGAUUCAGUCUUAAUCCGAUACCGUUGGCAUAUAUCGGCGAGAUCUUCGGCGUCGAGGUCAAAGUACCCGCCGCAGUGCUCAACGCUCUUUACUACGCCAUAAGCACCACCGCCGUUGUAAAGUUUUAUCAGGUUAUGCAAGAGUUGUAUGGCACGUUCGCACCAUUAUGGGUAUUCACUGCGAUAACAUUUCUUAUAUGGAUAUUAAUUUACCUAUUUGUGCCGGAGACCGAAGGCAAAACCUUGGAAGAGAUACAAUUGGAAUUGCGGAAAGAAAGUAAGGAGAAAGAGAAAAAAACAAGAAACUUAUAUUAGAAAUUGCAUUCAAAUACAAUAUACAUAUUGUCGUGCGUAUGUAUAUUGUGCAUUUAAAUAUAUGUAUGUGAAACGUAUAUAAUUACGAGAACGAUAUAUGUUUAUAUAAUGACGACGACAGUUUGCGGUCCGUAAAUAUGUAUGUAUGUAUACAUAUAUAUAAUAACAAUAUUAACAUUCAAGAUAGACCAUAAGAAGAUUGCACAAGGAAGAUAACGUCCCUUUUUAUAGAGAUAGUUUACAUCAUUACAAGAUAUGUAUUAUUAUAAUUGUUUGCGCUUACAUAUCUUCAGCCAGACGAAUAAUAAGUCAACAUUAUUAUAACAUCACAUGUACAUAUAUAAAUAGUAUCAUAUUAACGUAUGUAUUGUAUUAAUAAAAGUAGUACAAAAGAGAGUUUUAGAACAAUAUACUUUUAUAAAGGUAUAGUAAAAUACAAAAUUUAAACUAGGCCGCAAUGUUCAAUAUAUUAAUGUAAAGUCUUCACAACAAUAAUUGUUCGCGCUUAUAAAUUUCAACUCCGGCCCCUCUUUUUUCUCACUAUAAUUAUAAAAUAAAUUUUACUUAUUUACUUAUUUAAUCUAUAACUUUUUUAUAUGUUGCUUUGUAAUUCUUUUGAUACAUAAUAUACAUAGAUAAUGGCGUUAAAUCGCAUCUCGAGCUUGUUAAAGCGCUAGAGAGAAACGACGCGAGAGGAAAUCAUUACACUUGUUUGAUCGUAAAGCUUUAACUCUGCAAAGAGAAUCGUUUAGUAACGGUAUCGCAUACGACGAGAUUCGUACAUUCGAUUGGACAAGUUAAGUUCUCAUUAAAAAUACAUUUGCAACGUGAAUUCGCCGGGACUCACUAGUUAAGCCUCUCUUAAAGUCUAAUACCGAUGAACAUUUCUCGUUGCACUUUUUUCUAAAUAUCUCGAUAUUUGUAUGAUGCACAAUUGGAAAUACGUAACAUCAUUAUUCAAUGUAAUCGUAAAUUCUUUAUUGCACGAUAUACUUUUUUAUAUCGCUUUUAUUCUCUUUCGUUCAAAUCGGUUUAUAAAUGUGCAGUCAAAUUCGAACAACAUGCUUGACUAAAUCAAGUGUCAUUGAUUGCCAUUUUAGGAAAUAUGAUCGUUAUAUGCAAAGAUAUUGCGCUAUUGCAACAUUAAAAAAUAUUAUUAAAGAUCUUGAAUAUAUAUAACUCCUUGAAUAUCUUUUGUAAAAUUUUAAGAUAAAAAUAUAUUUUUUAUCUUUACA